CGCGGAGGCCGCUCGAUUGGCCGGGUCUGUCCCCUCCCCCGCGCGGUGUCUGCCGGGCGUUGGGGAAAAUGGCGGCCCCCGUUGCCAACUCAGGUCCCGGCCCCGGCCCCGGCCCUGGCUCGGCUCCCGCUGCCGGCUCCGGCGUGGGGCGGCUGCAGGAGGCGGCGCUGCGGCGGAGGGAGCGGCUCAAGGCCUUGCGGAGCCGGACAGCGGCGCACAAGAAUAAGGACAAUGGUGAACCUGAGAAUAAGCAGUUUAGAGAAGAUGACGAAGAGGAUGCCACCAAACACAAGGAGCUCAAGCUGCGAAAUUACAUUCCCGAGGAUGAAGAUCUCAAGAAAAGGAAGGUGCCUCAGGCCAAGCCAGCCUCAGUGGAAGAUAAGGUGAAAGACCAACUGGAAGCAGCAAAGCCAGAGCCUAUUAUUGAAGAAGUGGAUUUGGCAAACCUCGCCCCCAGAAAGCCAGACUGGGAUUUAAAGCGAGACGUAGCCAAGAAACUGGAAAAACUGGAGAAGAGAACGCAAAGGGCAAUUGCUGAAUUGAUAAGAGAGCGAUUGAGAGGCCAAGAGGAAGAACUGGCAUCAGCUGUUGGAUCAGCAAAGCAGGAAGGAAGUGAUUCUGAUUAAGGAGGUCUGGUUGGCUGUCUCAGAGCACAGACACAUUGGGACUUGUCAGAUUGGUCUGGUCACUCUUGCUAACAGAAUCCUUAACUCCCUUGGACUUGGGUAGAGGGUAGUGUCUCUCUGAGACUUGAAUGCUUUAGCCACAGCUCCUAAAGGGGCAGGUAUGGGGAGCCCUGCAGUCCUGUCUAGACCCACAAGCAUGUGGCUUGCUGUGUGUGAGCAUUUCACACGGGAAUGCUCCAUGCAACGUGCAUGCUGCACACUGCGUUCUCAUCCCCCGGCGAGCGUGCCUGGCUCUCUGGCUCAGCUUCGCAGGGGGUGAUCGUUGCAGUAUGUGGUUUGGGAUUGCUGGGGGGAGGGUGUCCAAUGGAGCUUUUCUGGACUUUUGAUGAAGGAAAAGUUCUCGGAUAAAGCACUGGAUCAGAUUAAAGGAGCAAAUGGCUCAUGAGUGGCGUGCAGGACACCACAAAGCCCUGUGCUUAGCGAUCAUCUCUGGGAACGUCACGUGAGAAUUGUGGCCCCUACCUACACUGGUCAGGGAAUGGUGGAGCAUCUUUCUAGCCCAAGCCAUGUUUAAGAGCAGUGUGCUAGAGAAGUGCAAACGCUUUCUUUGGCCAGUGCAGACACCGUGUUUCUAUGCUGUGUGUGUGUGUGUGUGCGCGCGCAUGCAUAUAGUACCAAUUCUUUUGCUGACCUCUGUUAUCUCUCCUGCAGUACAGCUGAGCACAUGGCAUAACUGUGUAAUAUACAAGAGGGGCUGGUGAGCUGUCGUCACUUAAACGGAUGAGGGAUGAAGCCUCUCCUUGCAUGGGAGACUUUGCUGAGGGCAAGAAAAGACCAAUGACUGUACAAAAGAAUCCCGAAAUGGCCUUGCAGCUGGAAAGCUUUCUGCGUGGUCACUAAAAGCGGCCAUGCCUGCAGUCUAGAAGAGAUUCAUGUACGAUUCAUAUUGUUCCCUUUUGCUUUUUGAUCCCGAUCCUCCCCCCCCCCCCCCCCCCAGGAGGUUGUGUAGCAUGUGCCGUAUCGGUGGGUUUUGUUACAGAUAAAACUGGGCUGCCACAAGGGUUUUUGGUUAUUUUUUAUAAUAAAAUGAUACGGCAACGAUG